UUCAAACAAAUCUUUUUUUAUCAUAAUUAUUUUAUAUACUUUUUAAAUAUUUUAAAUUAUUAAUUAUUAUAAUUAUAGUACUUUUUAUGUGAUUUUAAAUAUAAAAAUUUUAUUUAAAUUUUUGGCCAGUUUUAUAAUUAAAACUUAAAUUAGUUAAUUCACGAAAAGGAAAAAUUGCGACGUAAAUUGAGAUUAAAAUGUCUUCAUGCGCCAAGCGGUCCAAAAAGCUUUAACCUCAUUAGGUAGGAUCUCCCUUCGGCCUCUUUACCUGUGUCGUACUCGCAGCAGCCAUCAAAGAACAAUUCUAAUUAAGUUUGGAAAAACUUCCAAGAAAGCACAACUUCUUGGAGAUGAUUUGGUUGUAGUCAAAUGUAACACGCAGGGCUCUUCUCCUUCUUACCAGAAACUCGGUAUUCAACCAUUCAGAUUCAUAGCCUAUAUAUAAAUAUCAAAUACCAUCUUUCACUUUUCAAUAGAGAAGUUGCAAGCAAAUUAACCCCCAAAUUCCUAAUGAGGAUUCCUUUAUUCAUAGCCAUUCUUUUUGUUCUAACCUUAUCAAGUAUUCGAUCUCCAGCCUCAGCUCAUUUCUUUCCAAAUAUUUCUUCUAUUCCUCCUUCUUUGUUGAAACCUAAUGCCACUGCUUGGGCUGCUUUUCAGAAGUUAUUAGGAUGUCACUCCGGUCAGAAAGUCGAUGGCUUAGCUAAAAUUAAAAAGUAUUUUCACUAUUUUGGAUACGUUAAUUCAUCAGGUAACUUCACUGAUGACUUUGAUGAUAUUCUUGAAUAUGCUAUCAAGACUUACCAGCAAAAUUUCAACCUCAACACCACCGGUGUACUCGACGGGCCGACUAUUCAGCAUAUCAUAAAACCCAGAUGUGGAAACGCCGACAUCGUUAACGGCGCUACUACUAUGAACUCCGGCAAGCCGCCGGCAGGUACUCCGACGAUGCACACAGUCGCUCACUACUCAUUCUUCCCGGGAAGACCACGGUGGCCGGCGAGUAAGACUGAUUUGACAUACGCGUUUCUACCGGCAAACAGUCUGACGGAUACCAUUAAGAGCGUGUUUUCACGCGCGUUUGAUCGGUGGUCGGAGGUAACCCCAUUGACCUUCACUGAAACAGCAUCGUUUCAAUCAGCUGAUAUUAAAGUCGGUUUUUUCGCCGGAGAUCACAACGAUGGCGAGCCAUUCGAUGGUCCGAUGGGGACAUUAGCACACGCGUUUUCACCGCCGGCAGGCCAUUUUCACUUGGACGGCGAGGAGAAUUGGGUCAUUGACAGUGUGCCGAUUGAUGAUGGGAAUUUCUUUUCUACAUUAUCGGCGGUGGAUCUUGAAUCAGUUGCGGUUCAUGAAAUCGGGCAUUUAUUGGGUUUGGGUCACUCAUCUGUAGAAGAUUCCAUUAUGUACCCGACUUUAGGAGCGGGUACACGAAGAGUAGAGCUUGCUAAUGAUGAUAUUCAGGGAGUGCAGGAAUUAUACGGGUCUAACCCGAAUUUUACGGGGCCGAGUACAACUUUGACUCCAAGCCAAGAGAAUGACACAAAUGGAACCCCGAAAUUUGGUUUAUCGUGGGUCCAUGGAUUUUUAUGGCUUGUUGGAUUGUUCGUUACGCUUGUUCAAUUUUGAAAAUAAUAGUAUUUAAUUGGCGGCA